AUGAAUAUACCCGGGCUCUCGCUGCCACUGAUAGCUUCGGGAACUUCUGCUGCAUCCUUAAACCCGGAAGCAUCUUCUACAACAGCAGCAACAGCAGCAGCAUCCACCAACACCAUAGCAUUACCUGAUAGGCCUACCUCAUUAAACGAUGUAGGUGGUGGCACAACGGCUGGUGCGUCUAGUGCGACACCACUAGGAACGUCUUCGUAUGGGACCUCGGCAUUGGGAACGGGAGGUUAUGGAACCUCUGGUUAUGGAGGCUCAGGAUACGGUAGUCUGAUGUAUGGUAGUGGUGGGUAUGGAAGUUCUAUGUACGGCAGUGGGGGGUUUGGCAGCUCCAUGUAUGGUGGGGGAUACGGUGGACUUGGGGGAUCGAUGUAUGGUGGGGGAUAUGGAGGUUAUGGUAGUUCCAUGUAUGGUGGAGGAUACGGAGGAGGUUAUGGGGGAUAUGGAGGUGGUUAUGGAAUGAUGAAUCAAGGUAUGGGACCUGGAGCAAAUGGUCUCUUAGGAGAAGGAACUCAAGCUACUUUCCAUUUGAUCGAAAGCAUAAUUGGAGCCGUUGGAGGCUUUGCACAAAUGUUAGAAGCAACUUAUAUGGCCACACAUAGUUCAUUCUUUACUAUGGUUUCAUUGGCUGAACAGUUUGGGAAUUUAAAGAAUGCCUUAGGGUCUCUUUUGGGUAUUUUUGCCUUGAUCAAGUUUCUAAAGAAGAUUUUUUACAAAUUAACUGGUCAAAAUUAUAACAAUGGAUUGAACAUAAAAGAGUUCAACAAGUUUGAAAAGACUCAAAAGAAAUUGGAAGAGAAUAUCAAGAAGCAACAUCAACAACAACGUGGUGGUAACAAAUUAGCUUUAAAGCCUUUAUUGCUCUUCCUUGCGGCUGCGAUUGGGUUCCCCUAUUUGUUAAGCAAAGCCAUUCAAAAGCUUAAUCAACAACAAGUUGAACAAAGAAGACGUCAAGAACAACUAAAUGGUGGGGGUAAUAUGAUGAACCCUCAACAAGGCGGGGGACCACUGAAUGUUGAUUUAAAUACUGUUGAAUUUGCUAAGGCAAUCUAUGAAUUUAAUCCAGAGAAUCCAAAUGUCGAAAUCGAAUUGAAGCCCAACGAAUUGGUGGCUAUCUUAUCAAAAUGUGAUCCUCUAGGAAAUGAAUCUAAAUGGUGGAAAGUGAGAUCAAGACUGGGAAAAGUUGGUUAUGUUCCUUCUAAUUAUUUGGCAUUAAUUGAGCGUAAAACGAAGGCCAUAGAAUCAACCUCAACCCAACCAACUAACCAGUCGGCUCAAACUAUCAGCGAAUUACCAUUAAACAAUAACUUGCAGGCCGAUAAAAUGGUUCAAGACUUCCAUGAUAAAUCUUACAAUUAA